AUGGCCGCGCGCGCGUCCGCGGACGACGCCGCGGACGCCGAGCGCGCGUUCCCGUCGUGGGUGCGCCUGGUCGCGAGCGACGUGCGCGCGGCGGUGCGCGAAGGCGCGUGCGAGGCGCGGACGCAUCGAUGGCGCGAGACGGACGUCGUCGGCGCGCUCGUGCGCGCGGUGCGCCGCGGUGCGGGCGAUCGAGGGGUGGGACGGGUGUUCACGGCGGCGAAUGAACGCGGGUGCGCGGCGCUCGUGGGCGAGGACGCGGAGACGGUGGACGGGGGGGGGGGCGGGACGCGCGGCGGCGUCGGGUCCGCGAACGCGGAGACGGAGGGAAGCGAUUGGCGAUUGGCGAUCGUGACGCUGGAUAGGGAGGUGAAUUUAGGCGCGACGGAUGGGAGGAACACAAAGGUUGUGAUGUUGGUCACGGUGCCGCGAACGAGCGCGACGAGGGGGGCGCUGGAGGGGAUGACGCGGUUGGAGGCGCUGAAGACGAUGAAGAUGGCGAUGUUUCGAUUGAUUCGGGACACGGAUUUUGUGCUGGAUUGCCGACGCGCGCGGACGGCGAAAGAUUUGGUGGACGCGUACGAGGAGGCGUGCUCGGUGCUCACGGGAGAGCACCUCAGGAAGGUUGAGGAAGAGGCGGAGAUGGCGUCGAGACGAGGGGCGGAGUUCUCCGGAGUCUUCGCGGGCGGCGUCGCGAGCGACAUUCGUAGACGAUGGCCGCUGUACAAGGACGAUUGGGUGGAUGGAUUCAAGUCACCGACAAAGUGCUUAAGCGCGACGCUGUACAUGUACUUUGCGUGUCUCGGACCGGCGAUCGCAUUCGGGGGGUUGUGUUACAAGGAGACGUCGGGGAUGAUGGGCGCGAUGGAGUACCUGUGUUGCCAAGCCCUGAGCGGCAUCCUCUGGGCCGUCUUCGCGGGUCAACCCGAGAUCGUGCUGCGCCCCGCGGGCCCGCAGACGGUGUUCAUCAUCGAGCUCUACAAACGGUGCAAGUCGUGGAAGAUUGAUUUCCUCGUCACGCACGCGUGGGUGGGCCUGUGGACGGCGAUUUUCAUGCUCGCCAUCGCUCUGAGUGAUUCUUGCGCCUUCGUAGCGAACAAGUGCACGAAGUUCACGCAAGACAUUUUCAGCCUCUUCGUGUGCGUGAUUUUCAUCUUUGAGGGAUUGAAGAAUCUGUUUUCGUACUUCGACAACGACGAGUACUCCACUGCGGCGGCGCUCUUCAGUCUGAUUCUCGGAGUGAUGACGGUGCAGCUUGGUAUGUGGGCGCUGACGCUUCGCAGUUCGCCAUACUUGAACACGACGAUUCGUGAACUCACUGCCGAUUUCGGUCUCGCCUCCGCCGUCAUUAUUGCGACUGUCACGGCUAAACUGUGCGACAUUCCCGGAUUGGAACGCUUGCGGUUGUCCUCGGAUUUUGAGCCGUCCAUGCAGCGCGAAUGGUGGAUCGAUCUGAGCUCUGGGAACAAGUACAUUCCUUUGAUCGCCAUAUUUCCAGCGCUUAUGUUGACCUGUCUGUAUUAUGUCGACAUGAACGUCGCGACACUCCUGUGCAACGCGCCGGAAAAGAAUAUGCGCAAGGGCGCGGCGUAUCACUUGAACUUUGCCGUCUUGGCAAUUCUGGUGUUCAUCACCAGUCUUCUCGGACUUCCACCGCCGACGGGUUCACUUCCACACUCGCCACAGUAUGUGCUUGCGCUGAGCGACGUGGAAGAAUUCGUCGUCGAUGGUGAGACGCGCCAAAAGGUGAUGAAAGUGCACGAGCAGCGCCUGAGUCCAUUGCUCGUCAACGUCCUCGUGGCUCUUAGUUUCGUCGUCAUUCCGGUUCUGAAAUCAAUCCCGAUGUGCGUGCUCUUUGGUCUCUUCAUUUACACCGGUAUCACAGGUUUGUACGAAAACCACUUCUGGGAGCGGAUCAAGAUUGGUUUCAUGGAGCCGCGACUGCAUCCGCCGACGUCGUAUGUCAGACACGUCCCACUCAGUCGAGUUCACGCGUUCACGUGCGUUCAAAUCGCGUGCGUCGGCGUGCUCUGGGGCAUUCGAAGUUCGCCCAUCGCUUUGACGUUUCCCAUUUUCAUAAUGGCGCUCAUGCCUUUACGCGUGUUACUCUUCAAAAAGUUUGGCUGGUUCUCUCCUGAGUGGCUCGAGCUUCUCGACGCCAACACCAACGUCGCCAACUCGUCUGCAGACGAUGACUACGCGAUGUUGGACGAUCGAAGAGAAAACGAGUGGCUAACGAACGCGAAGCGAACGUCCGUGUCGAAUACGGCGUCGAACUUUAUGGAGUUCUCAGAAUUUGCUGGUUUACACGAAUCCGGACCUGCAUUUGGGAACGCCGCAUCGUUGCACGCGCACACUCGAUCUGACGCAGACGGCAUGAACCUUCAUCGGCACGAGCCGACGCAGAUGUCAAAAGACAACAAUAUUAGUCAUCUGCAUAAUACCCCGUAA